GUGUGAGAGUGUGUGAGUGUGUGGCCGGACUGAGCAUGAGGGAGGUGUCACAUCACUGAAGGGGACGGCGGAGGGACCCCAGAUGCAUGCCAGAAACCCCCAUUCUCCUCUUCGCAAGAUAUGUAUGAUGGAUAGCGAUCUCUUGGCCCAGCAGGAUACAGGAACCAUGCAUGCUAUAAUUGGUCAGGAUCCUAUGAUUUCUGGACAACAACUCAGCAAACCACUGCUGUCCCUCCGAGCUGAAAUGAAUGCAGAAUCGAGAGGUGAGGACAAGGCGGCCACUUCAGACAAUGAGCUAAAUGAGUCUCUGCUUGUGCCUGUGGAAUCAAAUGACAGCGAAGACUCUCCCAGCAAGCUCUUUGGAGCCAGAGGAAGUUCAGCGCACUCUGAAACAGGCACACCCGACCAGCACCAGCCUAGCCAAACACACCCGUCCUUUCCUGUUGGGGCACAGCCCUUGUUGACAGCACAACAGCUGGCUUCAGCCGUAGCAGGAGUGAUGCCAGCGGGGAAUCCUGCCCUGAACCAACCCAUCCUCAUACCGUUUAACAUGGCUGGUCAGCUUGGCAACCAGCAGGGCUUGGUCCUAAGUCUACCCACUGCCAACCUCACCAACAUCCAAGGACUGGUUGCAGCGGCUGCAGCAGGAGGCCUCAUGACAUUACCGCUGCAAAACCUGCAAGCUACCUCAUCCCUGAAUUCCCAAAUACAGCAGCUUCAACAUCUGCAACAACUCCAACAGCAGCAGCAACAACAACAGCAGCAGCAACAACAAGGGCAGCAGCAGCAGCAACAGAACCAGCAGCAGCCUGGCCAGCAAGCCUCAUCGCCUCCCAAACAAAGCCAGUCUCCCGGGCAAAGCCUCCAGUCCCCGCUCACUCCAACCAACCCCUUGCAGUUGGUUAAUAAUCCUCUGGCAAGUCAAGCAGCAGCAGCAAUGGGUUCCAUGGCUGGUUCACAGGCCUUCAGCAACGCACUCUCCAGCCUGCAAGGGGUGACCUCUCAGCUAGUCACGAAUGCACAAGGCCAGAUAAUUGGCACAAUCCCGUUGAUGUCUAACGCUGGAGUAUCAUCUAGUCAGAGUGCAGGUGGAGCUCAGGGCAUUCAAGUGCAGCCCAUCACCCCUCAGUUACUGACCAACGCCCAAGGUCAGAUCAUUGCCACAGUUAUUGGAAAUCAGAUCUUACCCGUUAUCAACACACAGGGAAUAACGCUGUCUCCCAUAAAGCCAGGCCAACAGCUUCCACAGCAUCAGCACCAGCAGCAGCAUCCGCAGGUAGGCCAGGCAGUGUCCCAGGCUAACCUACUGCACAUGGCACACGCUCAGGCCUCUCUCGCACAAAGCCCAGUGCGUCAAGCUUCUUCCUCUUCCUCUUCAUCCUGUUCUUCUUCAGCUCUGAGCGUUGGACAGUUAGUCAGCAAUCCCCAAACAGCAGCCGGUGAGGUUGAUGGAGUAAAUCUUGAAGAAAUUCGGGAAUUUGCAAAAGCGUUUAAGAUCCGCCGCCUGUCUCUUGGCCUGACGCAGACGCAGGUCGGACAGGCCCUAAGUGCCACAGAGGGGCCAGCAUACAGCCAAUCUGCCAUCUGCAGACACACCAUCCUGAGAAGCCACUUUUUCCUACCACAGGAAGCCCAAGAGAGCUCUAUAGCUAGCAGUCUGACAGCCAAACUGAACCCUGGCCUUUUGUAUCCUGCCAGGUUCGAAAAGCUGGACAUCACCCCUAAAAGUGCCCAGAAGAUUAAGCCCGUUCUUGAGCGGUGGAUGGCCGAGGCUGAGGCCCGCCACCGAGCAGGAAUGCAGAAUCUAACUGAGUUUAUCGGCAGUGAACCUUCCAAAAAGCGCAAGCGACGGACCUCUUUCACCCCACAGGCCCUGGAGAUCUUAAAUGCUCACUUUGAAAAGAAUACGCACCCAUCAGGCCAAGAAAUGACGGAAAUCGCUGAAAAACUAAACUAUGACCGUGAGGUGGUGCGAGUUUGGUUCUGCAACAAGAGGCAAGCCUUGAAAAACACAAUCAAACGCAUAAAACAACACGAGCCUUCAACAGCAGGCUCAAUGGAACCACUCACAGACUCCUUGGACGAAGCCUCAUAA